AUGAGUGAUAUUGGCAGCAAGAGUCCAGGCCAUGAGCAAGAGGGGGGCACAAAGACUUCGGCAGGGAAGUGGAGAGGUACAGUGAAGAGUUUUCACUUUGAGGAGAUUUCGGUGGUGAUGAACGUCGGUUAUGCCUCUGUCUGUCCAAGAAUGGUCUUGGAAGACCUAGGGCUUGCUAAGAAAUUCAUAAGUACCCUUGGCAAUCCACUAGAUGCAAAUUGGAGUAAAUUUGGAAAAUGCCAUAUUGGCAAGAAGCUAUUUCGAAGAGUAAUUCAUGAGAGCUCAGUCAAAUAUUCAAGAAAGCAUAAAUCACUGAAGCAUUUAAAGGAGAUCUUCCCAUAUGAUGCAAGAAUGAAGUCGGCUAAGAAGGAAACAAAUAAGAUGAUGCAAGUCAAGACCAGCCAAGCAAUGAAUCAAAUCGAAUAUGAAUCAUACACGAGAGAGGUAAAUGUUCUAAAAGAAGUGAAGGAUAUGUUAAUGGCUUCAACAAGCAAUCCAGUCCAGAAUAUUCAUUUGAUUGACUUGCUAUAUAACAUUUUCCGUGAUCAUGACUAUGAUUUGGAUACUAUGGCUCGUCUGUUCCGGUUAUGUCGACAGUAUGGAUAUGAUAUAUCUUGUGUUGUGUUCAAUAAAUUCCUGGAUGGUGAAGGAAAGUUGAAGGCAAAUCUUGUGAGCGAUACAAAAGCAAUGUUGAAUUUGUAUGAAGCUUGUCAUGUUAGCCUGCUUGGAGAAGAUAUUCUAGGCAAAGCCCUUUCGCUUACGACAACUCACUUGAAGGCGGCCUUGGCGAAGGAGACAAGCCAGCAUCUAGCAAAACAUAUAAUGAAUGCCUUGGAGCAGCCCUUCCACAAGGCGAUCCCAAGAUUAGAGGCAAGAAAGUAUAUUCCUUUCUAUGAGGAGGAGGAGUGCAGUUGGUGGAAGGAGACCAAUCUAGCUUCCGAGUGCUCUUUUGUGAGAGAUAGAAUCGUAGAGAUGGAUUGUUGGGGAGCAGUAUCAACAUCCGACCCACGUUAUGGACGAGCCAGAAUUACUUUUACCAAAACGAUGAUGUUGCUAUCUAUGAUCGAUGAUGUAUACGACUCCUACGGUACACCUGAAGAACUUAAAGGUUUUGCAGACGCCAUUCGAAGGUGGGAUAUGUCUGCGAUGGAUCUAGUGCCCGAUUAUUUGAAGAAUUUUUAUCACAUUCUCCUAAAUCUUUAUGAAGAAUUAGACAAGGAAAUGACCGCUGAAGGAAGACCUUAUAGUGUCCCUCGCCUGAAGGAAUUUACUAAGGAAGGUUCAGAUGCCUAUCAUAAUGAAACUCAGUGGUUUGACAAAGGAUACGUUCCCUCAUUUAAUGAAUACAUGAUGACUGCACUUGUCUUAGCUAUUGGUCAUCUAAUGACUGCGGCAUCUUUUGUUGGGAUGGAAAAUGCAAAAGCUGAUGCAUUUGAAUGGGUUCACAGUAGUCGUAGAAUUAUAGUGGCAGUCAGCAUAAUCCUUCGUCUUACCAACGACAUCCUAUCCCAUAAGCGAGAGCAAACAACUGGGCAAUCUGCUUCAAGUAUUGAAUGCUAUAUGAGGCAAUAUAGUCUCUCAGAAGAGGAGGUGAUUGAGAACGUUGAAAAGAUGAUCGCAAAACAGUGGAAGAUCAUCAACGAGGAGUUUAUGAAGCCAACUCCUAUCUCAAAUCAUCUCAUAUCGGUGGCCAUCGGUCUGGCACGGAGCAUGGGACCAUGGUUCCAGUUUGGAGAUGGAUAUACAGAACCAGAAUAUGCUGAGGAAUUGAUAUCUUUAAUGUUCAUAGAAAAACUCAAAAUUUAA